AUGGCCGAACCAGUUCUUGACGACCUCGCCAUAGUGGCCUGUCUAUUUCUUCGUCCUGACGGCAGGACCUUCCACUGGAUGCUAGCACUCCCUGGCGCCGGUACUCGCGGUAGGGAGCAUGCCAUGCGCUUGCAUGUCAUGGAGAAUGACCGAAACGGGUGGUAUUUUGAUGACACCGAUCAGAACCUCCUGCACUCUCGUUCUUUGUGCACGGUUAUUAAGAUCGGUUCUCGUCGGACGUCUGAUACCCAAACCUUUACCACUAAAGAGGUCCGCGACCUCCUCGAGGCGAUUGUCAUGGUGACCCCUGAUUUUGAGCUAGCCAUGGGGAUUCGGUUUGACUGUCGAGUAUGGUUUAGAAAGGCCGUACGCGUUCUCAUAGAGCACCGCAUGGUAUGGUGCGACCGCAUCAAUGAUUUAGAGGCUGAGCUCAUGAGACUCGCGACCGCCAAGGUUGAGGGUCGCAGAGACGCACGCACGUACAAUGUUUCGACGAAUUACAUUCAGGACAAAGGUAUCAAGAACAACGAGGGCAAACCUAUCGCAGGCGGCCAACUCUUCCGCGUGACGAAGGCGAAUAAGGACCGCGCUGUCAAGGCGUCUGCCGAUACAAACUCCGACACCGAUGAGAGUGCCCUGUAUCUAUCCAGAAGAGUACUACACUGCAUAGAAGGCAAGCGUCGUGGUCUCCGCCCCAUCAAGUUCAUCAGCGAGCUGACAGCCAGUCUACCGUCAACUGCGUUCCAUCUGACCGCACAAGAAGCGAUUGUCCUCAUGAGUGCUCACGUCAAAUGGUAUUGCACUAUUGACUUGGGCUCGUGUUCCGUCGUGAUUUUCGAGAACAGAUUGAAGCGCAUGAAGAUGCUCUGGGCCUACAGCUUCCGUACCAACAGCGAUGUGCGCUUGCCUUUCGAGAAGACGUAUUCGCGAAUGGCGGCGUCUAGAAUGGUGCAAUACAGGAAGCAUUCGGUCGGCAUGAAGCGUCGGAACCGGGACCUUGUGGAUGCGGAGAUCGUUGUUGGCUCAACUUCGUAG